AUACAGCUGACAAUUUUAAAAUGUACUAAAAUAGAAAUAACUUCAAUGUGACGGUUGCCUUUAUUUUCAAAGACGAUGUUGAUGCUUAUCAUAUUUCUCUUCAGCUUUGGAAACCGAGCAGAAAGUGUUUCGAUGAACGAGGAUGAUUUCCUGUCCCUACUGAUAACAGACUACAACAAAAUGGUGCGCCCCUCAAACAAGGAACAGCCCAUUACUAACGUCAAUCACAGUCUAGCAAUUCAAAGGAUAGUGGAGUUUAACUCGAAUGAGCUCACAAUAGAUGCAUGGAUGCCAACAACAUGGACAGAUACGCGACUCAGUGCAGCAGCAGAAAGAUUCCGGGACGAUUUUAGUCAUAUUUCUAUUCCGCAGUCUGCAGUAUGGUUACCCGAUAUUACUUUGUAUCAAAGACCAACGACACACCUUGACUACGAACCAAAUGUGUUGUUGUAUGGCGGUGGUCAAAUGGUGUAUGUUCCAUCAUCUCGGAUUUGGACGGACGAUUGUAAAGAUGUAGGUAAAGGUAUUACCGAAUGCUCCUUCCAGUUUGGUCCAUGGAGUUAUGACACUGAUGACGUAAACCUAAAGUCGGAUGGGAUUUCAAUGUAUGAAUAUCGUGCGCAUUCAGAGUUUGAGAUUGUUGAAUCAACAGCAGUUAGAAUGAACUACAAAGGACCAUGCUGUGAAGGAUAUUGGGCUUGUAUCAAGUACACCCUUUCUAUAAAGCGUCGCUAAGUACAAACAGCAACGAUAUUAUAACUUGUAUAUAUAAUUGACAUUAUAUCAAAUUGGUCGAUUAUUUAACUGUAUCCUUCUUGAUAAACAAUUAUAAAAUUUGGAGUUUGCGGAACACGAUAUAUCAAUCAUCAUUUUUUUGCUUGUGACGUUAUAUUCGUGUUUGUUGCACAUUUCAGAAUAUAUUUUA